CCAUUGAUUAUUCCGGUGUAUUGUGGGAGACGUGUUUGCAAGAUGGCGACGUCGUUGGGAGCGAACACUUACAAUAGGCAAAACUGGGAAGACGCGGACUUCCCCAUUCUUUGCCAAACAUGCCUAGGAGAAAAUCCCUAUAUCCGCAUGACAAAAGAGAAAUAUGGCAAGGAAUGCAAGAUCUGUGCCAGACCCUUUACAGUGUUUCGCUGGUGCCCAGGGGUGCGGAUGCGCUUCAAAAAAACAGAAGUGUGUCAGACAUGCAGCAAACUGAAGAAUGUGUGUCAAACCUGUCUGUUGGAUCUGGAAUAUGGAUUGCCAAUCCAGGUUCGUGACACUAGUCUGUCCAUCAAAGAUGACAUGCCGAAAUCGGAUGUCAAUAAAGAGUUUUACACUCAGAACAUGGAAAGAGAGAUUCAGAACUCUGAUGGGACAAGGGUGGUUGGGUUACUGGGGAAGGCACCAAGCUCCAGUGACAUGCUGCUGAAACUGGCAAGGACCACCCCUUAUUACAAACGUAAUCGACCCCACAUCUGCUCCUUCUGGGUGAAAGGAGAGUGUAAGAGAGGAGAAGAGUGUCCCUACAGGCAUGAGAAGCCAACAGACCCAGAUGACCCCCUGGCAGACCAGAAUAUUAAAGACCGUUAUUAUGGGAUUAAUGACCCUGUGGCAGACAAGCUUCUUAAACGAGCCUCUACCAUGCCACGUCUAGACCCGCCUGAGGACAAAUCCAUCUCAACCUUGUAUGUGGGUGGGCUGGGAGACACUGUUACAGAGACCGAUCUCAGGAAUCACUUUUACCAGUUUGGAGAGAUUCGCACCACAACAAUAGUGCAGAGGCAGCAGUGCGCAUUUAUUCAAUUUGCUACAAGACAAGCAGCUGAACUUGCUGCUGAAAAAUCCUUCAACAAAUUGAUUAUCAAUGGCCGCAGGCUGACAGUCAAAUGGGGCAGGUCCCAGGCAGCGAGAGGAAAGGAGAAAGAAAAAGAUGGCAUUACAGAGGCUGGUAUGAGAUUGGAGCCAGUGCCAGGUCUUCCAGGAACCCUGCCCCCUCCCCCUGUUACAGAGGAAGAGGCGCCAGCAAAUUACUUCAACCUUGGUCCAAAUGCAUCUCCAGCAGUGAUGAACAUCGCCCUGCCACCCCCACCAGGCAUUGCACCCCCUCCUCCUCCAGGUUUUGGACCUCCCAUGUUCCACUCAAUGGGCCCACCCCCACCUCCCCCUCAGUUCAUGAGAGCCCCAGGGCCUAUCCACUACCCUUCCCAGGAUCCCCAGCGAAUGGGCGCCCAUGCCAACAGACAUGGGAACUCCUAGCCUCCCUGUUUCUGUCUUUUGUCCUUUUUAAAGUUUUUGGUAUCCCUUUUAAUUAUCCUGAUAAUGUAAAGAUUGCUUGAUCAUCUUUGAACUGCACAAUUGAAAAUAUAUUCAUGCUACUGUAAAGAACACUGCAAGUAAAAUACCUAGAGUCUGUAAAACUUCCUAUAGGCUACCAUAAUUUCACUGGGACAGUUCAGUAUUACAUUAUAAUGUAUCAAUCCUGCGAUUUGUGGAGAGGGGAGGGCUCUUUAACCAUCUUUCUAAUGAAGCCCAUGUUAACUAAAGAUACUUAAUUUUUUAUUGUAUUAAUUUAAUGUUACAUGUGUAAAUGACAAGAAGCAGCUUCAUUUUUAUAGCGUGACUAUUUCAAGUAAUUUUUUUUCUAGAACAUUAAACAAGCGUCAAGCUUC